CAUCACGUGUGGUGUGCAUGGAGGAGCUCGUUCGACAUCUUGCUCCAGGGCUUUACGAUUACACAAUUGUCUACUAGAUCAUGAUGGCCGCAGCACAGCUGGAAAAGGAGAUGGCAGCCUUUCAAAAUCUUCAGAAAGAUUUCGCAAAGAUAGUCCAAUCACGAACACAAUUGGAAUCGCAGCUAAAGGAGAACGAAAUGGUGGCUAAGGAAUUUGACCUGAUGAAGGACGACGCAACGGUGUACAAGCUCAUUGGGCCAGUGUUAGUUAAGCAAGAGAAAGUCGAAGCAACGUCGAAUGUCAAGAAACGAAUCGAAUUCAUCACCAGUGAAAUAAAACGCCUAGAGACGCAGAUCAAGGAUCUAGAACAAAAGCAAGAUGCAAAGAGGGCUGAGGUGAUGCAGUUGCAGCAAGCUUAUCAACAACAAUUGCAAGCAAAUGCGUAGUUCUAUUUCACCAGAUACAUCAGGUGUCCUUGCGAUGUUUGUACAGUAAUAUAAUAAUUUCUACGAACACUUUAUACAUCAAC